AGUCAGGGGAGUGAGAAUGUUGGAGAAAGUUCGAAAGUUUGUCAUCGUCGCCGUUUUGCUAUCGGCGUUCACUUUGACAAACUGUGAACUAGUGUUCAAGUAUGGACCGAGAUUGGAUGAAAAAUUGAAAACCUUAGAAGAUGACCAAAUGUCCUUGGAACUCGACUCCUCAUUCCGUUUCUUUGGAACAGACUACUUUUCGGCAACUGUACAUGCGAAAGGUUUCGUUACCCUUCAUCCAAGUAUCCAAACUUAUAAUCCGGGGAUUAAUUUGGAGAAGACAAAAGCUUUUAUCGGACCCUUCUACUCAGAUAUAAGCUUACCGAUAAACGGAUCUGUUUGGUAUAGAAAGACAAAUGAUCCAUCUACUCUUGAAACAUUUAGAUCCCUACUAAUUAAGGCGAGGUUGUCAGCAGACGACGCUUCGGAUAUAAAAGAUGUUUUCGUCUUCACAUGGGAAAAGGUUGGAAAAAUGGAAGAAAGAUCAAACAUACCGGAAACGAAUACUUUUCAAUUAGCGCUCGCUCGUAAAAUGAAUAAAUAUUAUGUAUUUAUUCAAUACGAAAGAAUUGAAUGGACUGUUGUACAAACAUCCGAUAUGUUUUCAAAACCUUUAGCCGCAUUAAGUGAUGGUUUUGGCAAAGUUAUUACUCUUCCUGGUUCCGGAACAAUUAAUACGCAAAAUUUGGUGAAAUAUUCCAAUAUUGGUGAAGCUGGAAAGUUUCUUUUUGACGUUUCAAUGGAAAAAGUUUAUCCAACAAACUUUGAAAUGGUUGCAAAGAAAUUGAAUUGCCAAAAAGGUAGUGCAUUUUGCAGUGCUCAAAAAGGUGUAGAAUGUAUACCACAUUAUGAAGGAUUUUGCUGUAGCAGCUGCCCAAAAGGUUCUGUUGGGAACGGUUUUAAUUGUGUUAAAUUACCAGUAGGCGAAGCAAACCAAAAUUAUAUCUGGUACUUUAGUCAUGCGCUGUCAGUAAGUUUGAAUGGUGAAAAGGGAACUUUCAAACUACAAGUAUUAGAAGAAGGAAGCGGCGAGCAUUACAUGUUCCUAAACGAAUUGGACGGAGUUACCAGCCGGAAAGAAAUACUUAUGAAAUUACUUCCAAUUUCGCCAUUAGGUUUCGUUUUCUUUUGGUUACAUGGACCAGGAUUCAAUGGAUUCGAAUUAACCGGCGGCAAUUUGAGAAGAAAAGCCAGAAUUUAUAAACGAAAUGAUCGUAGCUUCAAUAUAACUAUAGACCAAAACCUCGAGGCAGCUGACGAUAAUUGGCCGUACGUGACGACGACUAUUACCGGAAACCUUCCGGCCGGAAAUGAGAGAGACUGGUUCCUUUCGGAAGAAAUCAAUACUUUCCGCUACAUCCGAGUAGGAAGAGGAAAAUACACAAUGAAUAAUCCAUUAAAGAUUCAGAAUAAAGAAACAAAAGUUUUCGUUGAUUAUGAAGUUAGAGAUGAAAUUGUGUUUGAUGAAUGUAAGGAAAGGAAUGACAUUCCAGAAUUUCAUCUUAGUUUGAGCAUGUUGUCGAAUUGGUACGAAAGUGAUCUCAACAGAUGGUCUUUUAUAUACAAGGGCAGCAUUGUGAUGAACAGCGACAGCCCAUGCGUUAAAAAUAAAAUAGAUUGCGGUCCGAAUGGGCAUUGCGCAUAUAAUUCGUUUUCAACUAAAUGUGAAUGUAAUGUCGGGUAUGAAGAAGACGUUCGUGGUCAUCCUUGUAUUGAUACGGAUGAAUGCUACACAUCGGACCCUUGCGACCCUAAUGCUUUUUGCCAAAAUACUCCAGGCAGUUUCACUUGCACUUGUAAAUCCGGUUAUAUUGGUGAUGGACAAGUUUGUAAUCCCAUUGACAAUAAUUUAUGUGGAGGAAAAGUCUGUAUAGAAAACGAAGAGUGUUGGGAAAACAAAUGUGAAUGUAAACAUGGUUACGAAAGAGAUGAAGGAACUUAUCUAUGCGUUAGCAAAAAUUUAUGUAACGGAGUAAUUUGCCCUGAAAGUGAAGAAUGUAAAAGAGAUUACAGUGGGAAAGAUUACUGCGAUUGCAAACAGGAUUAUGUCCGUAAGCAGGGUGUUUGCGUCUGGUCAACUGACAAAUGCGCUGGAUUCUGUACUGAAGAUGAAGAGUGUAGAGAGGAACAGCAACGCUUCUAUUGCGUGUGCGUUGCGAGUGCUUCGGGAGAAGUUGGAGCGUGCGAUGAGGGAACUAGACGAGAAAUUUGUUAUGGAAGCGAAAAAUGCCUUAUAGAUGCUCAUUGUGAUGAUGUUUUGGGUUAUUGUAAAUGUAAUAGUGGAUUCGAAGGGGACGGUUAUCAACGGUGCGAUCGUAUUUCAAGUCGAUGCUCGAGGGAUGAAGAUUGUGAUCUGAAUGCCCUUUGUCAAUACGAUGGGUACGAACGUAAUUGCGUUUGUAAAGAUGGCUACGAAGGAAAUGGGCAAACUUGCUGGAAAAAGGGUUGUGAAAGGGAUGAUGAAUGCGAUCCAAGAGCUCGCUGCCUAUCAAAAACUUGCGUCUGUACUGAAGGUUACAUCAUGUCCAAUAAUAUUUGCGUACCUUCAGGAUCGAGAUGUGAGAGAGAUGACGAAUGCGAUAUCAAUGCUCGAUGUCAGUACGAUAGCAGUUUAGGAUAUAAUUCAUGCGUCUGCUUCAGAGGUUUCGAAGGAGAUGGCAAAAUUUGUAAGGAAAGAGAUGCCUGUAUAGGUGUUACAUGCGGACCAAACGAAGAAUGCGUAAGCAGCACAGACUACCUGAUUGGAUACCAGUGUGAAUGCAUUAGCGGUUACAGGAGAUCAGGAUCAGAAUCUGAGUGUAAGAAGGAAUGCGGCGAUGAAGUGUGCGACGCCAGGGCGACAUGCGUUACUUCUGAAGAUUUUAGAGGAAUGAGGUGUAAGUGCAAUGAGCCACUUUUUGGGAAUGGUUUGAUGUGUUUCGACAACGAGCCAGAUUGCUUCAAUUACGCUGGUUUAUGCGAUUCAAGCGCCCGUUGCGAUUAUGAAACUGGAAGAUGUAAAUGUAGAGAUGACGAAUACGGGGAUCCAUACUACAUGUGCAAGAUAAAGCCCAAUACCUGCGAAUACUAUCCGGAAAUCUGUCAUCCAAUGGCCGAGUGCAAAAAUGAAAUGUGCGAAUGUAUGCUAGGAUAUAGCGGAGAUGGUGAGAGAACUUGCGAAGAGAUUAAAGAACCAAAGGUUAAAAGUAUACUUUUGGCACGACACGAUAGCAUUUAUAGAAUACCCCUUCCGUCUAAAGAAAGUCCAUUGUCACCCAAGUUUAACGUUACAGCGAAUCUUUUACAGGCAAAAAAACGUGAGUAUCCGCGGAACAAUCCCAUGAGCAUGCAGCCCCAACCCAGCCAAGCUUUACCCGCCAUCAUGGAGUUCUUCAAAGCAGGCCAGAUCAUCGUCAGCGUCGAUUACAACUGUGAAAAUCACGAGAUCUACUACGGGGAUUCCGUAGGUCAUAAAAUUGUUCGAUAUAAUAGUACAACAGGCAAAGAGGAGACAAUCUUAGCCGGUAGAAGAUUUAGAAGAAGAAGAAAGUUUAAGUCGAGGGCUUCCAAUGAAUACGUAUCGAAGCCGCAGGGCAUGGCUUACGAUUGGACAACAAAGAAUCUUUAUUAUACAGAUAGAGACGCUUUACUCGUCGGCGUUGUAAACGUUGUAACGAAAAAGGUUAAAGUAUUAGCUGAAAAUAAAGUUAAGAAACCCCGCGGAAUAGCUAUAGAUCCGGAAGAAGGGCUAAUCUUCUGGACGGACUGGGAGACCUCAAAACCGCGUAUCGAAAGAAUGAAUAUGGACGGAUCCGAUAGGAGGGUCAUCUUUCAGGGUAGCAGGGGUGAUGUUUUGAACGACGUAGCUGUGAAUAGAAGAUGGAAAACUCUGUGUUGGUGCAAUGCCCGAAUGCCUGGAAUCAUUCAAUGCUCCCAGUACGAUGGCACAAAGCGGAAGAUAAUCUUCCAGAAUGCCGGAAAGCCGUUCGGUUUGUUAAUAGUCAAACGGAACGCGAUCUGGUCGGAUCGGGAAGAAAAACAAGUAGAAAGCGUACCGCUAGACGGAAUUAUGCCUGAAUCUCCUACUAAAAUACGGACGCCAUUAACCGGGUCUAGAGUGCCUCUUGGAAUUGCUGCUAUUCCUGAAAAUUGCCCGCCUGUGAGCAACUGGUGCCAACGAGAUCCUUGCUAUUCGGAAAAGGAAAUCUGCCUCCAAACUAAAGUGGGUAGAAAAUGCGUUUGUCCAGGAGAAGAUUGUUAAGAAGAAUUAAAGCCUAGCGCAAUUAAUUAUUUUUAUACAUUUUAUCCAAAAAAUCAAACCAUAAAAAAAAAAAAGAAACGACGUAUUUGUCUUGAAAACAAUAUGAAAUUAAAUUACAAUCUUUAAAGAGCCAGAAAACAAAUACGCUGUAUAAACCAAAAACGAAUUGAAAACUAUGUACUCAUUUUUUUCUGUUUUCAAAACUUUUCUUUUUUUUUUUUCUUUUAAAAACAAAAAUACUGCCUCGUAUCUGCAAUUUUUAUUUGAGCUUAGUUUUAAAAUAAAAGCUGAUGAAAAGGUGAAAAAGAAUGGAAACAAAACAAAAAUAUAUAUAUAUAUAUAUAUAUUUAUAUAUAAAUAAUCUAUUACCCUAUUAUUCAAUCCAAUCUUUCUCACCAUUAUUUGAAAUAUAGUUAGGGUACGAUCAAGGGAUUAUUAGAUUUUAAAAAAAAGAAAGAACCUAUGCAAUAUUUUCAAGGAAUGUCUUUUAUGUACGGUUUUUCGUUUUUGUAAAUUUUGUACAAUAAAAAUGUUUGCUAGGAUUACUAUCAUAGAACGCCUAUGCUCAUACCACACACGAAACAGUUAAGCUAACACUUAAUCCGCCAGCAAAGUGUGUUCUGACAAACAGACACAAAACAGACGCGAGCAUCCUCGCUUAACCUCAAUCAAAACUAAUGUCAGCGCCGCGAGCAACAGACGUUCGGUGAUAGUUCGCAGAAAAAUAAACAACAAUACGAGUCGUACGUGCGAGAAAUCACACCCUUGUCAAUGACAGGAUGAUUUUGGAUUAAUUACAAAUUCUUUUUUACUUUCAUUGAAACUAAUGACCAAGGUAGAACUAGCUGUGCCAUCUAUAUUUUGCUAUUUAUGAAUAUGUAUAUCAAUAUAUAUAUAUAUAUAUAUAUAUAUAUAUAU